GCCGGUGAGCUAGUCGAGAAAGGAGUAAAUGGCAGCACUCCUGUUUGCAGCAACAAAAGAUUUUGUUCGCUGUCGCUGCGUUGCGUCCAUAUCCGGCCGUCGUGGUGCCAGACAGCUGCCGCUCUGCUAGCUCGCGGCGGUGCCGGAUCCGCUGCGCCCACGCCGUGCGUGCGUCACGCCCUGGGGACGUCACGACCCCGCCGCAUCCGAUCCGACCCGUAUCUUGGAUUCACUCUCUUCCUUCUGCCGCCGAGAUAUCCCUCGGGCUCCACCCACGUCGUCCUCCUCGUCUUCUCCUUUUUUCCGCUGCCCCAGCUCUAUCCAUCUCCUGUGCCCGGGGCUAUAUAUAGAGGUCGUCGCCCUCAUCUGAGCUCACAGCAGUCGCCAUCUCCAGCCACUUCCCAGAAAAGCCUCUCCACGUACGAGACGAGAGUGGUAACAGUACUAGGUAGUAGAGAUGAUGAGCUGCAAGGGCCUUGGCGGCGAGGGGAGCGCGGCGGCGGCGGCGGCGCUGCCGCACGUCCUUGCUGUGGACGACAGCUCGGUGGACCGCGCCGUCAUCUCCGGCAUCCUCCGCAGCUCCAAGUUUCGCGUGACCGCCGUGGACAGCGGGAAGAGGGCGCUCGAGCUUCUCGGCUCCGUAUGUGUUAUUUUCUUGAACCUUAAUUUACUCCUCCCCUUCCGAUUGUGUGCGAGUGUUUUGCAUGUGUUGCCCAUAACGUUUGUUCUUGGGUUGCAGGAAGCGAAUGUGAGCAUGAUAAUCACAGACUACUGGAUGCCGGAGAUGACAGGCUACGAGCUCCUCAAGAAGGUCAAGGAGUCGUCCAAGCUCAAGGGGAUCCCCGUGGUGAUCAUGUCCUCGGAGAACGUGCCUACAAGGAUCACCAGGUGCAUGGAGGAAGGAGCGGAGGACUUCCUGCUGAAGCCCGUUCAGCCGUCCGAUGUAUCGCGUCUCUGCAAUCGCGUCCUCCGUUGAGCGCCGCGUGACGACCCAGCGGGGGACGGCGGCGCGAGGAGGCGCUCCGGUUGUACCGGACAUGGACGCAUGUGGCGGUAGUAGAUGACUAGUGUAGCUGUCGGCGUGUAUGCAUGCACGCCGGGUUUUGUUUCUGCUCAAGUAUGACGCAUGUUUCCCCUCUGUUUGUCCUAGUCGUCAUGUCCCUGUCUGUGUUAUGGCCUCUUCUGUAUUUACCUUCGUCGUCAGUACUCAGUAGUACGAUGUCAUGCAUGUUUACCUGUAAGUUUCAGCUUCGUGAUCUAAGUUCAGUGAAAUGCAAGGUUGCCUGAAACUAGUGCUGUUGAUGAAGUUCAGUUCUACGCGCAAGAAGAAAAAGAGAUCAACUUCAGUUC